UGUUGUUUAACCGAUAGCAAAAUGGAAGAAGAUGAAAACAACAUGGCAAAUGACAAGCAUGUACUAUUUGCUCAACGCACUGUAGCAAAGCGACUACACACCAAACUUAUUACUCGAAUCGGAAACCUCUUAAAGGAUAAGCCAAGUGCAAACGAUCUAAGAAGCUAUUUCGCCGACCUUGAAGAAGCUUUAAGAAGAAUAAUAGCUCUCCAUACGCGUUACACCAGCAGGCCAAAUUUAACUGAGGAAGAAGCAGUGGCUACCACCGCCUGGCUUAAUGACGUCCAAGAAUCCAACGAAAGCUGUCUGCACAGAAUGAAAGCAUACCUUUCGGCUAUAGAUCACAAAUCAUCAAGGAAAGGAAAGAGACAGUGUACUCAGUGGAAUGUGAGUCAGCAUAAGAGUCAUGUUGAAAAUGAUGUAUCGGAAUCUAGCAAACACUCUCAAUUGCCACUAGUUGACACGAACAUAGAUCUUGAAAUGCAGCUGCAGCAAGCUAGGUCCAAACACGAGCACACACUCGCCGAAGUGAAAAGAAGAGGAGAGGAAAAUUUAAGCAAAAUCCAAGCAGCAAUCAAUGAAAGAAACGGUUCCAUACAAAGAAAUCGCCAAUCAAUUGCUCAACCAUUCACUUCUACACCCAUUGCAUCAGCAUGUGCUAGUCUACUUGAUCGACAGCCACAACGGUACUUACAAUUUAACACAACAUCUCAUAGAGAGGGACAAUCACCGGCAAUACAAUACUCAUAUCCCCCACCUGGUCCAUCCAGCUAUCCACCGCCAGCACACUGGCCCAAAAUACCGAUUUCAAAAUUCAAUGGCGACUGUCGCCGCUGGCCAGCUUUCGCCCAAGUAAUGAGAGCAACAAUAGAAGAAACUGCACUACCAGAUCUCUACAAGGUGCUAGCUUUGCGCGAAAAUCUGACUGAAGACAUUCAGAAGAGAAUGGCACACCUCUUCAACGGUUCAUACAACUACUCACAAGCCUGGAAUGAGUUAAAAAACAAAUAUGGUGUGUCAGCAUUAAUUAUUCAAGCUCACAUCCAUCAUUUGCAGAUGGUCCAACCUUUCAGAAACGGUGACUUUAAGUCGCUUGCUGAACUCGCCUCUCUCGUCCGAGAUGCAGUAUCAAGUGUAGCCGGAGAUCCAAGCAUGAUAGAAUUCACGCACUCAAUAGUAGUCAACCAACUUGCAACAAAACUUCCCUUUAAUUUGCAGCAAGACUGGGGACGAUACGCAUACAAUCUUCGUCCUAAAAUCUCCUCUUUAGCCGAUUUCGACUGUUGGCUUGACGCUAUCGUAGGAGCGGAAGAGUUACGCGGAGCUAAAAUCAGCAGCUACAUACCACCUAAGCAAAAUCCAUCCAUGCGCUCUGCAGUGGUCUUCCCACCCACGAUUCUGAACGCCUCUAUUCACGAAACAUCAGAAAGACCUGGCAGAGCAAACAACGAGUGGCCUGCGUGCCUGGCUUGCAACGAUAGUCCCGGCCACCGUCUUGAAGCAUGCGUGAUAUUUCGCAAAAUGUUACCAUCCCAGAGAGCUGCCUUUUGUGGACAGAAUAAUCACUGCUUUAAAUGCUUACGUCCUGGACACUACGGGCGCUCCUGCGGGAACACUGACAUCACGUGUAAUGCCUGUCCCGGCAAGCACCACACUCUCAUUCACGGAGCAGACCGUGUUUUCCCUGGCAGGCCUCAGCCGAAAGAUAAGGAGACUGUUCAAAUAUUUCUAGUGCAUGCACCGAAAACGUCGUUAAAACCCGUACUACUCGCCAUCGUCCCAAUAGUCGUGCGCAGCGCAAGCGAAAAAAUCUUGACGUUUGGUGUUCUUGACCCAGGUAGCGAAGCUACCCUAAUAAAAUCAAGCCUUGCAAAACGACUUUACCUUAAGGGAGUUAACCAGAAAAUUCGAUUCGGUUCAUUCCAUAACGCCAUUUUACUCAACUCUAGCAUUGUCAGUUUCGCUAUUGAAUCCGACAAUGGAACUAGAGUGUUUCAAGUAAACGAUGCCUUCACUGUCCCAAACAUUCAGCUGUCACCGCGCAAAAUUAACUGGCAUACAACAAAAUUUGAAUGGCCCCAUCUUUCCGAUCUAAACCUACAUUCCAUCGAUUCGUCUAAAGUAGAGCUUCUCAUCGGGAUGGACACUGUGGAUGCGCAUGAAAUUUUGGAUACUAGAAUAUCCCGCCAUGACAAAAACGAACCACGCGCUAUUUUAACAGUAUUCGGAUGGGCAGUAGUAGGCAAAAUCCCACCCUUUCUUAUACAUGAACCAAGUUCAAAACGAAGUAUAAACCUCACCAGAAUACCUUCCGAAAUGCAAUUGGCUGACAUCGUGCAAAAAUUCUACAGCACGGAGGCUUUUGGAGUAGAAAUACAAGAGACAAAACAUAGCUCCCCAGAAAACGUGUUGGCCAUCAACAUUCUCAAAAAAUCAAUUGUUAACAUUCGUUGUGGAUGGCAGGUCGAUCUUCUGUUCAAAUCAUCAAAUCCAAAAAUGCAAAACAACCGCGCGCAAGCAAUGUCGCGCUUCUUCGCUGUUGAGCGUCGUCUACUGUCCAAAGAAAACAAGGAAAACGCAAUUCGCUACCGGGAAAUCAUUGAAAGUCACCUCAAAAACGGUUACGCCAUCGAGGUCCCCUACAACCAACUAAACAUACCUAUCGGAAAGGUCUGGUACCUCCCGCACCAUUUUGUCACCAAUCCUAAUAAGCCGAACAAGAUACGCGUAGUUUUUGAUUGCUCUGCAAAAUUCAACAACGUUUGUCUGAACGAUUUCCUCUUACGCGGUCCUGUGCUAUUAUCGAACUUAACAGGUGUGUUACUACGAUCGCGCCAGUAUUUAUUCGCCGUAUCCGCAGACAUAGAGAGUAUGUACCAUAGGGUUGGGGUAACCCCGAAAGAUCAGUCCGCAUUACGUUUUGUAUGGCGUACCCCGGGCAGUGACGGACCACUUCGUACGUUACAAAUGACCACACAGGUUUUUGGAGCCGUUUCCUCACCCACUUCCGCAUUUUGGGUUUUGCAACAUGCGGUAAAUUGCAAUACGCAGUUCCCAGCCGUAGCUAAAAAACUUGUCGAUAAUUUCUACGCCGACAACGUAAGUGACUCCUUCGAAACCGAAGAUGAGGCAAUCCUCUUUUCAGAGCAAGCGGUCAAGUGCCUCGCAAUCGGCGGAUUCCGCCUAACAGCAUUUGCAUCUUCAUCACGGCGCCUUCUAGCUUCGAUUCCAGUCACAGAACGAUCGAACAAAACACUCAAUUUAGAUUUUGACAAAUUACCCAUCGAAUACUUACUUGGCCUCGUGUGGGUUUGUGAUAUCGAUUGCUACAAAAUUCGGAUAAGGCCAAUAGAAGUAGUCACAACAAAGCGUCAAAUGCUAUCAGCAAUGUCCCGUUCUUUCGACCCAUUAGGCAUUCUUCUCCCCGUUAUCACCCAAGCAAAGAUAUUGUUUCAAGCAACCUGGCGAUCAACUAAAAGGCGAACAUCAGAACCCCACUCAGAACCCUUGGGAUGGGAUGAAACAUUACCAUCCGAAAUUCUGUUAAAAUGGACUUCUUGGGCUAAGGAACUGCAAGCACUCGAACUUACACCUUUUCGCUGA